AACAAGCCAGGCGGCGGGGCGGGCAGACUAGUCCUGGACACUGGCGCUCAGGGCACCAUGAGCGGCCGAGUUGGGGACCUGAGCCCCCAGCAGCAGGAGGCUCUGACCCGGUUCCGGGACAACCUUCAGGACUUGCUCCCCACACUGCCCAAGGCUGAUGACCACUUCCUCCUGCGCUGGCUCCGAGCCCGGAACUUUGACCUGCAGAAAUCAGAGGACAUGCUCCGUAAGCACGUGGAGUUCCGCAAGCUGCAGGACCUGGACAACAUCCUUCAGUGGAAGCCCUCAGAGGUGGUCCAGCGGUAUGACGCCGGUGGCCUGUGCGGCUAUGAUUACGAGGGCUGUCCCGUGUGGUUCGACAUCAUCGGGACCAUGGACCCCAGGGGCCUCCUGCUGUCAGCCUCCAAGCAGGAGCUGAUCCGGAAGCGCAUCAGAGUCUGCGAGUUGCUUUUGCACGAGUGUGAACAGCAGAGUCAGAAGGUCUUCUCCCGGCCCCUGACUCUGCGUUUCCUGGUCACUAGCCUUCAGAAGGAAUCUAAUGCCAAGUGUGGCCGGCUGGGCAGGAGGGUCGACACGGCCGUGAUGGUGUUUGACAUGGAAGGGCUGAGCCUGAGACACCUGUGGAAGCCAGCGGUGGAGGUUUACCAGCAGUUUUUUGCCAUUCUGGAAGCAAAUUAUCCAGAGACGAUGAAGAAUUUAAUUGUUGUUCGAGCCCCCAAGCUGUUCCCCGUGGCCUUCAACUUGGUCAAGUCGUUCAUGGGUGAGGAGACCCGAAGGAAGAUAGUGAUUAUGGGAGGCAACUGGAAGCAAGAGCUGCCUAAGUUCAUCAGCCCCGACCAGCUGCCUGUGGAGUUCGGGGGGACCAUGACCGACCCCGAUGGCAACCCCAAGUGCCUGACCAAGAUCAACUACGGGGGCGACGUGCCCCAGCAUUACUACCUGCGCAACCACGUGAGGGUGCAGUACGACCACCAGGCGACCGUGGGCCGAGGCUCCUCCCUGCAGGUGGACAACGAGAUCCUGUUCCCGGGCUGCGUGCUCAGGUGGCAGUUCGCGUCGGACGGAGGGGACAUCGGCUUCGGGGUUUUCCUGAAGACCAAGAUGGGGGAGCGGCAGCGGGCCGGGGAGAUGAUGGAGGUGCUGGCUAGCCAGCGCUACAACGCCCACAUGGUGCCCGAGGACGGGAGCCUCACCUGCACGGAAGCCGGCGUCUACGUCCUGCGCUUCGACAACACCUACAGCUUGAUACACGCCAAGAAGAUCAGCUACACCGUAGAGGUGCUGCUCCCCGACAAGGCCUCCGAGGAGAAGAUCCAGGGUCUCGAGGACUCAAGACAGUCCCCAGCACAGUGAAGACCCCGCCGCCCCUGUGCCCGAGCUCUCUGACCCCUCAGCACCCUGCCCUGUCCCUGCCUUUCCAGGCAGAGCGGUGCUGGAGGGGACCACAGAGAGCCUCCCACCUCACCUUGCCUCGCCUCGCCUCGCCGCCUCAGCUCCUUGUGGGCCCACCUUGCUCGGUGGCCCAGCAGGAAGGGGACGCCCGGUGUGGGGCCCACGAGAAGAUCCUGACAGACGCCCCAUCCCCUGUUCACAGGGAGAACCCUGAGGACAAGCUGGCAUCCAGGAGGAAAGGUCCUGCCUGCAGAAGCUGCCCUUAUGUCCUUCCCGACAAGGUGCCCCCCAUCCCAGGGCGCACCCCCGCCUGGCCCUGGUUUGGGGGGGGGGAUGUGCCUGAGCCCCGGCUGCAGGGAGCACUGCUCAGGCCGGAAGAGCAGGGAAGCCCCAUUCUCUGCAUGUAGGGGCUCUGCAGGGAUGUGCAGGGAGGCAGCUGGGGAGAGGGAUGGGCAGCGCUGGCGGGGGGAGGGGGGAGGGGGUGGGUCUCUGUUCUGACAGAGCGUCAGCUCUCCAGGUUGGCUCUACCGCCUUUGGAGGGAAAAUCAGAAAUAGAGAGUGAGCCCUGGCAGGGACAGCCAUCAGGGGGAAGAGCCACACUCAGGCUUCCGCAGAGCCGAGUCUCCCUGGAAUUCCCAGUGUCCCCCACCCCACCCCCACCCGCUGUGAUCCAGCUGACCUUCAGCCUGGUUUCUUUCUGGCUCUGAGUGGGGCCAGGACCCAAGCAGCGCUGGAGGGAGCUGCAAUGGGCGUGCUGGGGUGCAGAGUGGAGCUGCCAUCCCAGGGUGCCCAUCCUGGACUCGGACUUGCUCCUUAGGAGAACCAUCAGGCUUUUCCUCCAUCUUUGCGUAUCACCAGGGGGACAGCUGAAGGUUGGCUGCCAACCCUCCUUCUCCAGCGCCCCAAAUGCGACUCGGCAGCGGGCCAGUGAAGGCUUUAUUCCUCAAUGGCUGGCUCUCCCGGGCCCACAGCCCACAGUCAGGACCUGCUCUGCUGGAAGGACCACACCCAGCAGGAAGCUGCCAAGCUGACUGUGGCUCUGAGGUUGACUCUAGUUGGCAAUGAGGCCAUCUACCGGGGCCUGGGUGUGCUGCCCCGCCACCCUGUACCCUGCCCCCUGCCCUCUGGCUGGGCCAGGCCAGCGGCCCCCAGUUCUUCUGAAGACCCAGCCCCAGGCUCUGGACCCCUGCUCCCAUACUGCUAUCCCACAGGGUGGGAUGCCGGCCACUCGGGUGACAUCCCCGGGUGUGAGUGGCCAGAUGUCCCUGUGAAAGGGGUCCUUGCUGCCAAGCAUUAGCAUCCUGGCCGCCCAGGCCCUUCCCAGGGACCGGAAGCCUCCUUGAGCCCCACUCUCCAGGUGCUUUGCCAUCAAGAAGCCCGCCUCUGGUCCCUUCCCCACUCUCAAACUCUGUGCUCUCAUCUUCCCUGGUUAAUAAGAGGUUUCUUGAUUUCCCAGAGCCUGUUUUAGGCAAGGACAUAAUGAGGCUUGGGAAGGUGGGGGUCUUCCGGUGAGCCAGGUGAGGUCCUUUAGGCCCCAGCCCUCCUGCUGUGGACCCAGCCCUCCAUCCACCAUGAACAAUGGAGCACAGAGUCUGAGCAGGGGCUCUGCUGCUACGCAAAGCAAACUGACUGAGUGAAACUGAAUGAAUGCCAGUACUUCCCUGGCGGUCCAGUGCUUAAGACUUCGCCCUCCAAUGCAGGGGUUGUGAGUUCAAUCCCUGACUGGGGAGUUAAAAAUCCCACGUGCCUCAGGGCUAGAAAACCAAAACAUAAAGCAGAAGCAAUGUUAUAACAAAUUCAAUAAAGACUCAAAAACAUAGUCCACAUCAAAAAAUCUUUAAAAAAAGAAAGAACUUUGG